UGGUUGCAGCCCGCCCACCUCGAGCGUCCCGGCCGGGCCUGCUGUGUUUACGAUGCCGGCGGCGCCGGUUUCCUGAGACGGAGACAGCGGCGGCGGCGGCGGCGAGAGCGGCGGCUCUUCCCUCUGGGUGCUCGCGGGGCGAGGAGGGCGGCGCGGCCUCUGGGCCUCUGAGUUGAUUAUGGAAGAGGUGCACAAGAAUACCGGUAACAGUGCAGCCACACCGCCACAAACAGCGUCCAUACAAGGUACACCACUACAGGCAGCUCAUCUCUCUCACAUUGCUCAACAGAUGUCUCUAAGAGGUCCUACUCCGUUGCCAGUUGUACAGCUUCCUGGAGAGCAAGUACAGGUCCAGGGAGUCAUUCAGACAGCUCAGUCCUCUGUAAUCCACUCACCCCAGGUGCAAACAGUGCAGGUAUCUUCUUUGUCAGAGAGUGAGGAUUCUCAGGAUUCAUCAGAUAGCAUAGGUUCUUCGCAGAAGACCCGCGGUAUCUUAGCACGGCGACCGUCUUACCGAAAAAUCUUGAAAGAUCUUUCGUCCGAAGACGCACGAGAUAGAAAAGGAGAUGAUGAAAGUCCUGGUGUCUCUACUGUCACCUCUAUGUCUGUUCCCACACCUAUCUACCAGACCAGCAGUGGACAGUACAUUACUAUUGCCCCAAACGGAGCACUGCAGCUGGCCAGUUCAGGUACAGAUGGUGUGCAGGGUCUGCAGACAUUGACAAUGACAAAUGCUGGUGGCACUCAGCCUGGGACAACAAUACUGCAGUAUGCACAGACAUCUGAUGGUCAGCAGAUACUUGUGCCCAGCAACCAGGUGGUAGUGCAGACUGCAUCAGGAGACAUGCAGACAUAUCAGAUCCGCACCACGCCAACAACCACUUCUCUCCCACAGACUGUAGUGAUGACAUCUCCUGUCACCCUUACAUCUCAGACAACCAAGACAGAUGAUCCACAGUUGAAACGAGAAAUAAGGCUUAUGAAGAACAGGGAAGCUGCUCGAGAAUGCCGUAGAAAGAAGAAAGAAUAUGUUAAAUGUCUGGAAAAUCGAGUUGCGGUCCUGGAAAAUCAAAACAAAACUCUAAUUGAAGAGCUAAAAACUUUGAAAGAUCUUUACUGCCAUAAAAAUGUGUAAGAAAAGGAGGCACAACUUUUUGUGGACUGUCUAAAUUUCCAUGGGGAAUUUUUUAUACCGAAUUUUUUAAAAUUAAAUGAAAGGUCAAAAAUGAAACUUUUCUACCUAGAUUUCACAACUUAAAGACUAUAAAGAUUUUAUUUACAACAUGUUAGUGACAAACUACAAAAAGGAAACAAGAAAACCUCAACAAAACUCCUGCUGGCAGAACUGGAAACAUCAUUAAAAUCAAGGUUACAUCGGCAAUAAAAGGACAUGUACAUUUUAUCUGACAAGUAAUUUGAAUUUCCUGAACUACAAAUUAAUUUGGUAACAACAGUAAUAUUUGAUUACAGUUAAAAUGUGGAUAAGAUGGAAUCCUUGCCAUUAGUUGAAAAUUAUUAGCAACAUAUAUAACCAGUAUAGGUUUUAAUUUCUUACUGUUUUAUGAUCCUUAUCUUUUCUUUCCGUUGUUUGUAUGUAAAUAUUUUUAUUUCAACCUGUAAAUUCUAACUUUCAGGUGUAGAAGAUAAAGAGAAGCUAAUACUUUGCUAAAAGUAUAAAUUAUGUUUACUUUUCUCAGCUGGCAAUCUGUUUAAAGGUGGGGUUUUUUUUGUUCUGUUUUGUUUUUUUUGUAAAAUGUUUGUUGUGUUUGUUAAAGUUGGAGAGGUUUUGCAGAAGGCAAUGGGAAAAUUAUUUUUCAGGCCUAACCCUGAAAGAUGUCGAAGGCACAUGAAUAAGAUGUUGACUUCUUACGAGUAUUCAAUACAUUUAAUUACUUUAAACCAACAGUUUGGCAGAAUGGGUAUAGCUGAACAAAAGUUGUCAAGAGAAUGCUUUUUUUAAAUAGUUUUGUUCUUGGUUACUGGGUGUGAUAACCUAUAAUUGAAAAAUAAAUUGUGUGUUGAUUAUAUAUACAA